AUGAGCCUCCAUGUUCACAAGCAAAGUGCCAUAGAGCUUGACCACAUCAACGCCCUUUCGACUGAAUUCAAAGCCCACGGUGCCAAUUACCAAUAUGCCUUGACUAUUUCUAAGAAAAUUACCCAGGAACUCGCCGCGUCGGCCCCAGCGGAAAUCUUCUCGCAAUCCAUGACGGAAUGCUGCUACGAGAUGGAGAGGCUGAUCAGGAUCCUCGAUCCAAUUAUCAAAGUUCGUGAGAAUCGCAAUGAAUAA